AUGUUAUCUCUUCGUCGCGGUUAUUCCCGCAUCCCUGUUGAAUUGCUGGACAUCAUCAUGGACUACACCGACAAGAAGACGCAGGGGAGCUGCUCUCUCCUCCUGUGCGAACCCGCAUCGACCGUUCUCCCGUAUAUCCGCGAACUGCACUUGGAGGAAGGCUUGAAACUGUCAGUGGAGGAACAGGCAAGAAGCGACACCAAUGAGAGCGCGUUCCUCGCGCAUGCGCGACCGCAGGAGAGGCAGCCGUGGCUCGAAGCAGUCUUGCCUAAGAUACGCGUCGACGGACUGACAGCGCUCAGGAGCCUUCGUCUCAAGAAUUUGGACUGGGAGCAGCUCUCUGCGAGGUCGCGCAGCAGCCUCGUGAACCUCUGCCAGCGGUUGGAUGCUCUGGAGCUGGUCUCCUUCGGCGGUACCUGCGUACCGUACUCGACACUAGCUGAGCUCCUCAUUCCCUUCUGCACCGAACACGCUUUUUCGGGUAUGACUUCCCUCCGGAGCCUCCACCUCGAGAUGUACGACCUGCGCUACAUACCGGCCAUCCUGCGUCAGCUGGAGUCGCGCGAGCUGGUCGAUGUGACCGUGCGGGCGACGGUCCAGGCGUCCGACAAAGGCACCCUCGAAGCGCUCGCAAGGUGCUUGUCCACAGGCCCGCUCGCGUCCGCUCGCCCCCGCGUCUCGUUCAUAUGCGCGGCAGAAAGGAAUACGAGAUUCUCUGCUCCGAUCAUGGAGGGCAUGCGCGACGCGCUGCUUACACAUCUAACAGACCUGCGGAAGGAGGGCAGGCUUCGGAUCCUGCGCCCCACUUUGGAUCCAAUGACUCGAAAAGAGAUAGGUGAGGAAGAGUUCUGA